AAAUAAAAACGUGAUGGACUUCCCAUAUUAUACAUCCAGAAUUCUUCCACGCAAAUAUGGGGAGGAACAAGGCAUGCAUCAAGCGUGUCCAAUCAAAAUUCUUCCUCUAAACUUUGGGAGCCAAUGACAGCCAGAGUAACAGUGUCCAUGUUGUUGUGCAGGGCGUGUUGUCUCUACUUAAACCGUUGAUUUUGCAAGGAUUACGCAGACGCAUUUUCAUACAACGGACGCUGCGCACCUCUGCAUCAGAAAUCUUCCAAAAUGAGCAGCAAAUGUCCAGUCACUAAGGAGGUGCAGCAGUUUAAAAAGGAAAGGCUAAAUAGUACUGAAGUGGUAGAAAAAAACCCUCUCCCAACGACGCAAGUAAUUGAAGAAGAGAAGAUAGCCAUGGAAGAGAAAGCUGCCAAAGAGCCACUCAAUAAGGAGUUGGAGACGUUUGACCCACAAGUGCUCAAAAAGACUGAAGUGCAAGAAAAAAACCCUCUUCCAACUGCUGAUGUAAUUGAAGAAGAGAAGAUAGCUUUGGAAGAGAAAGCUGCCAAAGAGCCACUCAAUGAGGAGUUGGUGCAGUUUAAGACGAGCAAGCUAAGGAAGUCUAUCACGAAAGAAAGUAACCAUCGUCCAACUGCUGCGGAAAUUGAAGCAGAGAAGAAAGCCAUGAAAGAGGGGAAGAAGUAAAAGGGGAAACACCUUUUCAUGAUUCUUCUUGCUGAGACCUGCUCUUCCUCCAUUUAGGAAUCCUGUCCAGCAUAUCUGCCUAUUCCUGUGUUUUCAUGUUUUAUUAAAUGGUGUUUGGGCUGAUCCUAUGGGUGAAAAUUGUCUGUAAUCCCAUGUAAAUUAAAGAAAUGGGUAUACUGCAUUGUGCUUUUUCAUGCUGUUUAGAAAGUACUGAAUGGAGUAAUAAAACAAUGUGACAGGGUCCAAGGUGAAAAAUCAUAAAUUCUUGUAUUUAUGGAAAUCCAUAUUACAUUGUUAACAAUACAAUAAGUAUGCCUAUUACCAUUCAAUGAACCUUUAGAGAAUCAAUAUAUUGUAAGGUUCCUUGUUACCAUGCAGGAAAUGUUCUAAUAACAUGAUUUUGUUUCUUUUAUAAUAAAAAUGGAUCUCAAAUGUUGA